AUGGAUUUCGAACAGUUCAUGAACAUACAGAGCAACUCUUUCGAUGAGGAUAAUGACGCCGGUAUGAAUAAUGGGACACGGUCCGACGGACGGUUUUCUGGAAACAGAGAGCACCCUGAAGAUAGCGCAGCGGAUUUUGGAAAGGUCGAAGAAAGCAGAUACCAAAACGGAUCUGGAGACUUCUUCAUGGAACAAAUGUUUCUGUCUCCAUUGGCUGAGCGUGCAGUAAAUGAGCUGGACACUGGGGUAAAGUUCCCAACGCCGACCAUCAAUGUGGAGUCAAGUGACCAAGGGGAGGUUGUGACUGUCACAAACAAUACAGGUACGCGACACCAUUUACAAAACUUGGGACUUGACUUUCUCGGUGAUCAGUUUGGUAAGAACAUGAACAGUGACCUGUACGCACCUCCCAAUAAAUUCGAAGAUCGUCCAUCGAUGCUAUCACCUACAGUGCAGGAUGACUCCGCAUCGGUGCAUUCUGCGAUAUCAGAUUCGGCGUACUCAAACACAUUACAUCCUCAAGACAUCGCUUUGUCGCCCGCUCCUUCCAACUUCACAACCGGCGAUGACGAGCUCGACGAGAUACUGAGCGUCCACUCAAGCCGAGAGCCUUAUGAGAGCUCAAGCACUCAACAUGGUGCCGAGUCGGCACUUCGAGAAAUCGAUAACUUUCUAAGUCCCGUAGAAGGCAUGUUUCCGGAUUUUAACUCACAGCCUUUCCCUAAUGCUGGUGUGGUGGGGCUCAACGAGGCAUUCUCAGCACCUCGAAUUUCCAUUCAAGAGUUCCAAGCCAUAACACCCUCAGAGGUAACUAAGUCGCCUCUGGUAAGCGAUACGCCCUCACCGUCCAAUUCCUUUAAUAGUACGCCGGUUGGAUCCAAUCAUGCCUAUCUUUCUGUAGAGAGGGAUGAAAUAGCAGCCACUAGCGAUGGCGAAGAGGUCCACGAACAAAUGAGGCAGGGUCGCAAGAUGCGAAGACGGUCGACAAAUGCGCCCUACCGCUCACGAUCCAAGAGCCGUAGCUUAUCUCAAGAGCAGAAGGCACGGUCACUCAGCGAAAACAGGGAGAAGCUUUUAGGACUAGCUGCCCUGAAGCCCUCGAAAUCACACACUGAAGAUGAGGAAAGCGGAAUUCUGCAUGACUCUGAAGAUGAAGGUGAAUCACCUCUGAAUCUGACUGGAAACACGCGACGGAAGAGCUCACAAAAAAAUCCCGCCAUAUACGCCUGCGAGCUUUGCGAUAAGAAAUUCACAAGGCCAUACAACUUAAAAUCGCAUCUACGAACACACACUGACGAAAGACCAUUCUCUUGUAGUGUUUGUGGGAAAGCAUUUGCUAGACAGCACGAUCGAAAGAGGCACGAAGACCUUCAUACAGGUAAGAAGAGAUAUGUUUGCGGGGGUAGGUUAAAGAAUGGCAGUUCCUGGGGUUGUGGCAAGAAGUUCGCGCGAAGCGAUGCUCUUGGCCGACAUUUCAAAACGGAAAGUGGUAGGCGAUGCAUUGCACCUUUGUACGAGGAGGCUGCGAUAGAGAAAGAAUCAGGCAGAGCCUCUGAUAUUAUUCUCCCGAUGGGAUUAGAGUAA